CCCGCGGGCUCUGCAGUGCUUGCCCUUCUCCCUCCAAAACGAUAGAGGGCGGUGCGGCGCUGCCGCCGCUGUCCCGACAGCCCUCACGAGGGCUCAGCGGAAGCGGCGCGCACGCCUGGAGCCGCCAUGCCCGGGGACCACCGCCGAAUCCGCGGGCCCGAGGAGUCGCAGCCGCCGCAGCUCUACUCGGCGGAAAAGGAGGAGGAGCCCGCCGCCCGCGACCCGACGCGGCUGCGACCCGUGUACGCGCGCGCCGGGCUGCUGAGCCAGGCCAAGGGCUCGGCCUACUUGGAGGCGGGAGGCACGAAGGUGCUGUGCGCCGUGUCCGGCCCGCGCCAGGCCGAGGGCGGCGAGCGCGGCGGCGGCCCGGCGGGAGCGGGCGGCGAAGCCCCUGCCGCGCUGCGAGGCCGCCUCAUCUGUGACUUUCGCCGCGCGCCCUUUGCGGGCCGCCGGCGCCGCGCGCCCCAGGGAGGCGGCGAGGAACGUGAGCUGGCGCUGGCCCUGCAGGAGGCGCUCGAGCCGGCGGUGCGCCUGGGCCGCUACCCCCGCGCGCAGCUCGAGGUGUCGGCGCUCCUGCUGGAGGAUGGAGGCUCGGCGCUGGCCGCGGCGCUCACGGCCGCCGCGCUCGCUCUGGCGGACGCGGGAGUCGAGAUGUACGACCUGGUGGUAGGCUGCGGCCUCAGCCGCGUGCCGGGGCCCGCGUCCACCUGGUUGCUGGACCCCACGCGGCUCGAGGAGGAGCGCGCCGCCGCCGGCCUCACCGUGGCGCUCAUGCCGGUUCUCAACCAGGUGGCCGGGCUGCUGGGCAGCGGGGAGGGCAGCUCCACCGAGAGCUGGGCAGAUGCCGUGCGCAUGGGCAUCGAAGGCUGCCAGCGCCUCUACCCCGUACUGCAGCAGUGCCUGGUGAGGGCUGCCCGCCGGAGGGGCACCGCUGCCCCGCCCUGAACCAGAAGUCUGAGCCACGACAGACACCUAGGACCGUGCUGCCGCUCCCCAAAAGGACCUGCACCGUACGUAGGCUUCCAGACUGCGCGGCACCGAGAGCUCAGAGCACAGGAGUGGAUCUGGAGAGCCGUUCACAGAACUGAUGCACUGGACAGCUGUGUUGGAGUGAUUUUUUUGCAGACUGUUCCCGUUAAAGAUACUUUUCUACUUGAAUUGGCUGUCAGCUCCCACCUACUUGAAGAAACCUGCGAAUGAAUGCACCCUGACUCCCAAGCUGUAAAGGACUUAAGCUGGGCUUACCAGUAAAACAAGACUAGGAACUACUACUGCCUUGUAAGGAUGUAACCUAUGCAGGCCAGCCAGUUACUCCCUCUUGUGUAAUUGGGCUGCUUUUGAGACAGUGGGGGGCUGGGCCUUCUAACUUAAUCUGAGAUUAAACAAAAUCCUUUUUAUAUCA